UAUCACGUUUGAAUUAUUUUUUUAAAUUAUUUGUUUUGUGCUACACCAGGAAACGGAUCAUUUUCGGGUCGUAGUAAUUUCGGGUAUCUAUUAAUUAAUUAAUCUUAGAGCCUAUUAUUUGUCGCAGUGCAGUUAAAAAACAGUCGGGGGCAGUCACUGACACUGAAGAACCUCCACAGUCGUACUUUGACUCUUGCGGUCGUCGGUCGUUCGUAAAUCGUUAGUCGCCGGCUUCGAAUAAUUCUUUUCCUAUAUGGCAAUUGCCAUUUUUGGCGCAACAGGACGGCCUGUAGGAGACGCACCUUAAAAGUGCGCCCGGAUCGCCUGGCCUGGGUCGCAUAACCUUUAAUUGGUGGAGGGGAAACGCCAUGGGCCUUUCAAAAACUCUCCCAAAUUGGCAACCGGUUGCCUGGCUCCCAGUCGCAGCGAAUGUUUCUGAUUCCGUGUGUGUGACGGCUGGAAAAGCCUCUUUGUGUCAGUCGUGUGUCAUUAGCAUCCGCCAACUGAGCUCCCCACUGUGUCAAAAGAUUUGAACUUUAAAGUGUUUAAAGUGCUCAGGUGCUGACUCUCCAGAGCCCCGCAGACGAAAAGUAGACAGCAGACACUCGGACUGCCAGUCAGAGUCAGUCAGUCAGUCAGUCAGUCAGUCAGUCGGUCGGCUAUUGCCUGCACUGCAAACAAAAUCGUGUAAUUAAGUUUGUGGACGAAUUGUACGUGGCUAAUUGCCAACAUCAUUGAAAAAAGAAGACAAAUACGAAACAAAUUAUAAAAGACAAAACGAAAAAACAAAAACAAUUCAUAGUGAAAAGCCAUUAAAAUGUGUAAAUAUGUAAUGUGCGUACACGAGUGAGUGAAACGGGGAGAAAAAUCCACAAUUUGCCAAACGAUAACUGACUUUUUGCGACAAAAGUAACAACGAUGGAGUCUUUUAUUAUUAUCAUUGUCAUGCUGCUCACAAUUGUCACACAACAGCAACACAACUGUGCGGCAGCCGUCGAUGUUUACUUUCCCAGCACGUCGGUGAAAUUCAAUCUGCCCAUCAACGAGGAAUCGGAGAGCAUCUUCUCGAAGAUCCCGCUGGCCCAGUUCCAAGUGCUGCGGACGGAGAGCAACCGGCUGGCCAGCGACUACCUCUACAGCCUGGAGGAGAAUCCGCUGCUGCGGAUCAACAGUUCCUCCGGCGAGAUAUAUAUGCGCACCGAUUACCGCUCGCCCAAUGCGAGUGUGAAAUAUGUGGUCACGGCUUUUCCCCGGGAUCAGCCGGAUCAUGAGUUGCUGCCGGUGACGCACCUCACAUUGGAGGUGAUGCCACAACCGCUGGAGGAUUACUGUGCGGAACUGGAGCACAUCUGCUUCUGGAGCAGUGCCCAGUACAGCAUAGCCGAAUCGCAGGGUGAACACAGACGUAGGGAUUCCUUUGAACCCGUACUCAUUGGGGCCCUCAACUCCCGGGCUGCCAAGUACCUGUGUCCACAUGUAUCCUUGGAGUACUCCCUCAAUGCCGGCAGUUCACACUUUGUGCUGAAACAAAAUCGGUUGUACACCCGACAACCCCUCGAUCACGACGAACUCAAUGGCCUGAAUGCCAAGGCUGGACAGCUGCAGGCCAGGAUCAUCUGCACGGUCAAGUUGUCGGCCAGGGAUCACAGGAAAUUCACGCGAAGUUUCGACAUCAAACUACUGGAUCGCAACGAUAAUGGGCCAAAGUUGCAGGAGAGCGAUUCAAAGUUUGAGUUCUACCUGGAGCAGCCCUACUUUCAAGCGGACGAGGAGGCGGGCAAGAAAAUCAUCUAUGUGGACAAGGAUACGCUGGCGGCCAAUUCUCACCUGGUCUACGCCGUGCACAAUGACUCCAACGGACUGUUCCGGCCGGACUGCCACGCCUACGAGGCGGAUCACACGGGCAGGCCACAUACCAUCGUCAGUUGUCAACUGCGUUUCUCCCGCAGCGGUGUCCUCCGGGAAUCUCCCUACUGUGUUUCCCUGGAAGCUCGGGAUCUGACCAUUGAAACCCAAAACGAUGCCAUGUCAGCCACGGCCCACAUUUGUUUCCGCAUAAACCUGGGUAAUCUUCACGAAACCGACCAAGAAUUGCCACAGGCUCUGCCCCUGCGAUCACGACAACAUCGAAUUUUCGAGAAUGAGGACUUCAAUGGUGAUGCUGCAAGCAGAUCCCUGGGAUCCUUGACAGUGGAUUACGAAAAGGAUGUGUCCGUUUAUAGGACAGCUGCUUCCUAUUAUCGCAUAGUUCAGCCAGAAAGUUUUCUGGAUUUGAUGAGGUUUCGAUCGAUACGAUUCGAUAUUGUGGAGGAUAAAAUAGGGGCUUUUGGCAUCACCCCGACAUCGGGCAUAGUGUACGUGAAGAAUCCACAUGCUUUGGAGGAGGCUCCCGAAACCAUAUACUUCCUGAACGUGACCUGGAUGGAUCAGCAGCGACUGUCGCAUGUGCGGGUCAUAAAUGUGCAUUUGGUUCAUGGCAGACCGGAGAACACCAGUUGCGAGCUGAAGAUCAAGUCACGAUCGCAGACCUGUGCCCAGGUUAAGUUCCCGACGCAGUGCAGCCGAUUCUGUGGCUUGGCCACUGGCGGCGCCUCUUGUCAAUGGCGGGGAUCCAAUUCGGCCAUGUUCGGCUCCCGAUACGGAUCCUGUGUGCCCGAAUCUCGCUACUGUCCGGAUCAUGUGUGCGAUCCGUUGGAGGAACUGAAUCCCAUGGCCUGUCCGCAGGAUUGCACGCCAGCUGGCAGAAUAAUGGGUCCACAUACGAGCAAUGAGAAUAAGAGAGGGAUUUAUAGUGCCUCUGGAACGUGCACGUGCGAGGACAAUGGCAAGUGCUCGUGUGCUCCGCUGGAUGAUGAGCCCAAGGUGAAGAAGCCUCGCAAGCGGAAGAACGAAACGGAGGCGGAACCACUGCUCUCGGGUAAGAGGGGCACUCCAGCCGCUGAUCCAUCUCUGCAGGAUCCCCUGCUGCUGGGUGUACUUAAUGUGGCCGGUUUCGAGUGCGAUCGCUCGUGCAUGUUCUUCGUGAUCACCUGCCCGCUGUUGUUCGUCCUCCUGCUCCUGUGCCUGCUGAUUGCCCAGCGGAAGAUGCUACAACGUCGCCUGGGCAAACAAUCGAUGACGCCGUCCGCCAAACAGGCUCUUCCGGAACUGGGAGACGGAGAUUUCGCCCUGAUGCCGCUGCAAAGUGGCUUUAAGUUCGAGAGUGGCGACACCAAGUGGGAGUUCCCACGCGACAAACUGCAACUGGAUACGGUUCUGGGCGAGGGUGAGUUCGGUCAGGUCCUCAAGGGUUAUGCCACGGAGAUCGCUGGACUGCCCGGCAUCACCACCGUGGCUGUGAAGAUGCUCAAGAAGGGCGCCAAUUCCGUGGAGUACAUGGCCCUGCUCUCCGAGUUCCAGCUGCUGCAGGAGGUAUCCCAUCCGAAUGUGAUCAAGCUGCUGGGUGCCUGCACCUCCUCGGAGGCUCCUCUCCUGAUCAUCGAGUAUGCCCGCUAUGGAUCGCUGAGGAGCUAUCUCCGUCUCAGCCGGAAGAUCGAGUGCGCCGGCGUGGACUUCGCCGAUGGAGUGGAGCCAGUCAAUGUGAAGAUGGUGCUCACCUUCGCCUGGCAGAUCUGCAAGGGCAUGGCCUACCUCACCGAGCUUAAGUUGGUUCAUCGCGACUUGGCGGCCAGAAAUGUUCUCCUUGCGGAUGGCAAAAUAUGCAAGAUCUCCGAUUUUGGACUAACCCGAGAUGUUUACGAGGACGAUGCCUAUUUGAAGCGAUCUAGAGAUCGUGUGCCCGUCAAGUGGAUGGCACCGGAAUCGCUGGCGGAUCACGUCUAUACCAGCAAAUCGGAUGUUUGGUCCUUUGGCGUGCUCUGCUGGGAACUGAUCACCUUGGGAGCCUCACCCUAUCCAGGAAUUGCUCCCCAGAAUUUGUGGUCCCUGCUGAAGACGGGUUAUCGCAUGGACAGGCCGGAGAAUUGUUCGGAGGCGGUUUACUCCAUAGUGCGCACUUGCUGGGCAGAUGAACCGAAUGGACGACCAUCCUUCAAGUUUCUGGCCUCUGAGUUUGAGAAGCUGCUGGGCAACAAUGCCAAGUACAUAGAUCUGGAGACGAAUGCGGUUUCGAAUCCGCUCUACUGCGGGGAUGACUCCGCACUGAUGACCACAGAGUUCGGUGAGCCGGAAUCGUUGCAGCAUCUGUGGUCACCGCCCAAGAUAGCCUACGACAUCCAUGACCAGGGCACCAGUUACGAUCAGUCGGAGGAGGAGAUGCCGGUGACUUCGGCGGCACCGCCUGGUUACGAUCUGCCACGACCACUGAUCGAUGCCACCGCCAAGGAGCAGGUUUUGCGGUACGAAAACGAUCUGCGAUUCCCCUUGAAUAUUCGCAAGUCCAGUUGCACUCCCAGCUACAGCAACAUGACCAGUGGCUCUGCGGCGGCCACCUCGCUGCCACACUAUUCGGUGCCCGUGAAGAGGGGUCGCUCCUACCUGGACAUGACCAACAAGAGCCUCAUACCCGACAACCUGGACAGCAGGGAGUUCGAGAAGCAUCUCUCCAAGACCAUCUCGUUUCGCUUCUCCAGCUUGCUAAAUCUCAAGGAGACGGCCGAGGCGGAUCCAGGUCAACAGGCCGAGGAUGUUGUCUGAAUGCCAGUUUAUUAUAUAGUUUUCCACCCGUCAUUCAUCACUCAGUUCCGAGUUCCUGUCUCUCAUCUGCGCCUGUUUUUCAGUUCAAACUGUUUGUUAAUUAGUUUUAGUUUUACAUUUAGUCUCGUAGCUUUAUGCUGAUGCCAAAAAUGUAUGGUAAAUGAACCGAAUUCAAAUUUUAUACAAGAAAUUAAAAAGCCAAAGAGAAACUAUGUUCUAUUGGUCCACAUUCCAAACCCUAUUUCCAAAAAAAAAAACAAAAUAUCAAUAUUUUUAAAAGAGUUUUGAAUAAACAAAACAUGUUUAACCAGUUUGGAAUGAAAAACUUACAUUACAAUUAUUUAAAUGCUGCC